CAGUGUCUCGGUGUAGCAGUCUGGUGGUCGGCGGUGCUGCGCUCGCACGACUAGUCGCGAGCUGCGCAACGAAAACUCGUUCGGGAAAGUGAAAAUUCAAAUUAAGAAUUAUAUUUUUUCUUUUGGAUACCGUUGAUAUAAAUAAGUGGUGUUGAGUUUUCAAAGUUGGAAGAGGAGACGGUCUACGAUUGUUGUUGCGGCGGCGGCCACAGAACAACGAAGCUGCAUUUAAUGAGAUACACAAACAAUCGUCAAAUUUCAAAAUGCUGAAACUUCCGAAGAAAAGAAAAGGCAUUUAGGCGCAGAAUAUACAAUACGAAACUAUUCAAUAUUUGCAAGUUUUUGCACCUACCAUACAAUAACUAUGAAAGAGAUUCAGUCAAAUCACUCAUCGGUACACAAACCGUCCAAUCGCCAGCCAAAUAGUGAUGAAGAGAAUACAAAACCUGAAAGGUUUAUAAUCGACACGUAGACCAUAACUAACAAACUAUGCCGACGGAAACUACAAAUGGAUACCUCUACGCUUACAAUGCAACAGAAUUUAGCAACAGCAGCUCUUAUCACAACAUCACCUCGCCUCCUGAUCCGAUCGAAGAUAAGGCGAUCCAGGCGGCAUUCUGCACCGCUUAUACGAUUAUAUUUGUCGUAGGAAUCUUCGGUAACGCCCUGGUCUGCUACGCCGUCAUUCGCAACCGAGCCAUGCAAACCGUCACUAAUCUCUUCAUCACGAACUUAGCACUCUCCGAUAUAUUACUCUGCGUGUUUGCGGUUCCAUUUACUCCUCUCUACACCUUCCUAGGCCGGUGGGUAUUCGGCGGACCGCUGUGCCAUAUCAUGCCUUACGCACAAGGCUGUAGCGUCUACAUUUCUACUCUCACUCUAACGUCCAUUGCCAUCGACAGAUUCUUCGUCAUAAUCUAUCCAUUCAAGCCGCGAAUGCAGUUGAAAACUUGUAUCGGUCUUAUAAUUUUUAUAUGGGUGUUUGCACUAUCAGUAACAUUCCCUUACGGCUACUAUAUGGCCCUUGAAGACGUUUACUGCGCGGAGAAAUGGCCGUCCGACCAUAUAAGAAAGGCAUUCGGUGCCAUCACCACUAUAAUGCAGUUCGUUUUACCCUUCAUAGUUAUGGCUUUCUGUUAUACGUGCGUUAGUAUAAAACUUAACGAUAGAUUAAAAUCUAGGCCAGGUAGUAAAAAUACGAGAAAAGAAGAUGCGGAGAGAGAGAGAAAAAGACGCACAAAUAGGAUGCUAAUAGCGAUGGUGGCGAUAUUCGGCUUGUCGUGGCUGCCGCUGAACCUCAUCAACAUCAGCAGUGACUUCUACUCCUUCGCCGAGGAUUGGCGCUACUACAUGGUGCUGUUCUUCGCCGCUCACUUCAUCGCCAUGUCGUCCACGUGCUACAACCCCUUCCUCUACGCCUGGCUCAACGAGAACUUCAGGAAAGAAUUCAAACAAAUCCUCCCCUGCCUGGGGGCUCUCGUCACGAAAAAGUCGAAGAGAAAAUUUAAUCAGAGUGAAAGGACUGAUAUGUUUCGAUCUGAAAAGACUUGCAACGGCAACGAACAAACAGUGCAGGAAUCGUUGCUGACCUCGGCGGUGCACAAGCCGUCAGUGAAUUACAGAUUAGAUCUUAAUGAAGUGUAUAAUGAGAGUAAUGUGAAAGUGUGUGAGAAUGAGGAGAAUAAUAUAAGUCCAGAUGAGAAGCCCGAGGAGAACCGCAGCCCGAGCGACGACGGCGUCAACCUGUACAUGUUCGCGGACAAGUCGAUGACCUCGUCCGACAAGGAGCCCAUCGUGUCCGCGCUCUAGGCACUAGUGUACACAUGAGAGGUCGAUGAACGAGUUUACAACUUUACAAUUAUAAUUAAUAUUGAUGGAGUUAGCUAGUAGGUACUGUAUUUAAUUAUUAAUUUCACGAAGUAGGGUAUACAGUGUUGUAAAAAUGUGUAUGUAUCUGUAAAUAUUUAAAACUUAUUAAUUUUGCUAAAAAGUGUUAACCCCAAUUUUGUUCCUAAAGGAACUUGAGCCCUAUUGAGGUGAAUACUUUUUUGAAACUUGUAAAUAAACUGAAAUGUAACUUUUAAACAAUUCCUGUAAUUGAAUGUGUUGAUAGAUAUUCUGUAACUCGAUUUCUGUAAAUUAGACUAAACUUAUUUUUCUAUAUGUAAAGCUUUAAUUAGUCAAAAUAUAGUCAAUGACAAGAAAUGUGUGCAAUUGUUAUAGGAUACCUAUCUGAAUUAAAGCGGUGAUAACAUAAAA